AUGGCAACUACUGUUGUUGGUCGACCAGUACACCAUCCACCAUUAGAGACUAAUACUUCGUCGAAAAAUCUUGAAGAACAACCAUGGUAUCAUGGAUUGCGACCACGAAAUGAUAUAAUAUGUCUCCUUAAAACACCAGGUGAUUGGCUAGUUCGAUCGACGGAUUCAAGGGAUAUUCCAGAAAUUAUUAUUUCUGUUCGUGUUAAAGGAAAGAAGAAAGAUCACUCACAUUUAACUUUGAAAUUUGAAAAUAAUAAAUGGUCCCUUAGCGCUACCAGGAAGAAAGGAGGGCCUCGUUUUGAUACUGUUGUGGAUUUAGUUGAAUAUUAUAAGAAGCAUGAACUUCCUGGACAUAUUGUUAUGAAGACCCCUAUACCACGACCAAAAUGGUUGAUAAAGCACGAUAUGUGCAAAUUUGACAUGCUUAAGGAUCUGAUCGGAACGGGGAAUUUUUGCAAAGUUUUUCGUGGAACAUACGAACGCGAAAAGAACGACAUUGUUCCUGUAGCUAUAAAAAUCUGUCAUGGUGCUUCGGUACAACAAGUAACAGAAGAGGCAAAGCAAGCGAGAGAAUCAAUGAUUCACGAGGCUCAGCUGAUGAGUUACUACGUUCAUAAACAUGUUAUUCAGCUUUAUGGGGUUGCAUGCGACCAUUAUCCAGUAAUGAUUGUAAUGGAAUAUUGUCCGGGUGGAAAUUUACAGGUGCACAUGCAAAAGCAGAAAGAAAAAGUUUCAGUGCCGGAAAGAAUAUCACUGUGCUAUGAGGCUUCGGCUGGAAUGAGAUAUCUGCACACGAAAGGUUGCGUGCACCGUGAUCUAGCUGCAAGGAACUGCUUGUUAUCAGAUGUUGGAUUGAAGCACACCGCCAAAGCCCAUAACCUGAAAGGUCAACUGCCUGAAGGGAGCACGGAAUCUUUGGCAACAACCAUUCGUUUCGUCACGCUGAACUGCCGAACACUAUCGAGUGAACUCCAACAAGCCGCUCUAUCCAGACUUCUGCGAUAUCUCAGUGCGCCUUUUGCUGCACUGCAGGAAACACGCAUGAGGGGUCGGCCCGUCAUCAGCAUCGAAAAUUACACCAUAUACUGCGGCGAUGCUGUUGAGAACAAAGUAGGUGGCUGCGCGAUAGCUGUGAGGAACGAUUACAAGAACCUGGUGGAGGAAUUUGGCUCAACGUCGUCUAGAUGCGCCUUUCUACGACUGCAGGAUCGCAGAGGACGUAAACUCUGGGUCGUAAGUGCUCACGCAUCUACGGAAACCGCUGAGGACAACAGUAAGGACGCCUUCUACGAUGAACUCAAUGCGUUGAUGUCUAAAAUACCAAGCCAGCAGGUGGUCAUUGUCGGAGUCGACGCAAAUGCGAAGAUGGGACUCGAACAGCAAUCCGAUGUGCUAGGAAAAUGGUAUUAUCCAGCGGAGUGUACGUCGGACAACGGUGACAACGGUGACAACAGGAAUCAUCGACGCCAUCAGCUCACGUGGCAGGGGUCAACCCUUUUAACGCCUGAAGAGCAGAUCAAGCGGAAGAUGAGGACUCUUAAACUUCAGCUCGACUACGUUCUGGCGAGGAACAUUCCUCAGUCAGAUAUCCGAAAAUCUAGAGCUGUUUGGGACGUCGCGUUCGACUCUGACCAACGUCCAGUUCUUCUCAGCUUCAAGAUACGGUUCCACAAGAGAAACCGAGGAGUUCCUCCUCAACCGAAAAUCGACAUGGCAGGUCCGAAAGACGAUGAAUGCAGAAGAAAAUUCCGCAAACGUGUGUCUAUUCAUGUUGGAGUACGGACCAGGAAGAAGCUUAGCGAUGCGAAUUCCUUCACAAAGUGCAUCCAAGACGCUGCAAGGGAAACGCUCCCGGUUCUACUGCCGCGGAAGAAGUUUGCUUUUGCAUCUGCGGAAACAAAAUCCACAUACAAUUCUGUAUUUGACGCGCGCAGCGCUGGUGACUUCAACCAGGAAAAGCGUCUUAGAAAGAAGCUGCGUCGUCAACUGCAACAAGACCGCGAUAACGAGUGGGCGUCAAGAGCGAUGGAGUUUGAGAAGGCGUGGGAGGACAGGAACCCGCGGAAAGCCUAUGCUCUACUAAAACAUGGGGUAGCUGUCGGUGAAGCAACCCUUCCAAUUUGGAAGGAACACUUCAAGACCUUGCUGAACCGGCUAGCAUCGUCAGCUCCUGAACUCGAACACGUUCAUAGACCGACAUAUGCGGUUAACGAGGAACCACCGACCGAGUCCGAGGUCCUGGUCUGUAUUCAAAAAAUGGAAAUUGGAAAAUCUGGUGGAGACGACGGGAUCAAAGACCAUCCGUUCAAUAUGGAUAGACGAAAGGAUACAUGA